AUGGACAUGGAGUCAGACGACCUUAAAGACGAAAUACGUGCCAUUCAGGCCAUCUAUCCCGAAUGCAUACAAAAGUUAGCUCCUUUAAUAUAUAGAUUUAAGCUUCCUCAGCAUGAAAAGGUAACAUUUAAGAUGUCUUUUCCAGACACUUAUCCUAUGAAGAAGCCCGUGGUACUGGAUGUGGUUAGUGCAAGUGAGUACUACCAUGGAGAUAAGUUAAGACAAACAUUUGACCAAGUAUUGGAAGAGAUCUAUCAGAAAGAUCUUGUGGUUAUAUUUGAUUUGUUUUCAGAAGUUGAUGGAAAAUUAAGUGACGAGCCAGAGGAAGACGUUGAAGAAGUGACUGACAAGAUGAAAGAAGUGAGCAUAGAAAACAACGCAGAAUACACUUACAACGAACAGAGGGAAAUAUCCCAUGCCAAGACUAACAAAUCACCUGCCGCAGAACCAGAAUCAACUGAUCCCUUAGAAGGAUGGAGUGUAUCGGACAUAAUUAAAGACCGAAAAUCUACAUUCAUUGGUUUUGCAAGAGAAGUUUAUUCAGUAGAAGAGGUUGAUAGAUGGGUGAAUAACCUUCUAUAUGAUAGAAAGGUGGCCAAGGCCAAUCACGUGAUGCGUGCAUACCGGAUUAAGGAAGACAAUUCCAACGUGAUUUACGAAGACUGCGAUGAUGAUGGAGAAGCAGCUUCUGGCAGCAGGCUUCUUCAUUUACUAGAGAUUAUGGAUGCAUGGAAUGCUGUCGUAGUCGUUGUUCGAUGGUUCGGAGGAACGCAUUUGGGUCCUGUCAGAUUUAGACAUAUUAAUGAGUGUGCACGUGAUGCUCUAGUUAAAGGGGCCUUGGUAAAAAGGAAUGAUAAGAAGAGGAAGGGUAAUUAG